UUCUUUCCAAUGUUAUAAACAUGUCCUCUGUUCUCCUAGCCUGCACGCAAGGCUUGGUAGAAGCGACCAUACUUUGCUAUAGUCAAGAGAAACGAGGAGCUAGAGCUAUUCGUUAUCAGUUUAGCAGCUACCAGUGUAAAACUUCGGUUGUGCGGUCUGAGCAGGUUUUCAAGAAGUUAACAAGAGAUUAUGUGAAGUAGACUGCUAAAAAUUAAGUUAUCUCCAAGGAGCUUCAAGAGAAAAGACAAAGUCAAUUUGGCAUGCACGUUCGGACUGUAUUCAACGAUCAACCAUUGUCACCCGAAUCCUGAAGUUUAAAUAAUUACGACGAAAUACCACCACUGACUUUUUACCUAACGGAACUAUUCGUCGCGGGAUUGUAAACGAAGCCCAUUGAUUGUGUUGCGGCGACGAGCUGAUGGACGAGCAAGCCCGAAUCAUGCAGACUCUCGGCGGUGUCACUCUGGCUGGCCACACGGUACAGGGGGGCAUGGCAGUUCCGCCUCCACAUGGACACGAUGGCUCCGACGGGGACGGAAGGAAGCAAGACAUCGGCGACAUUCUCCAUCAAAUCAUGACCAUAACAGACCAAAGUCUGGACGAAGCACAGGCAAAAAAGCAUGGUCUGAACUGCCACAGAAUGAAGCCUGCCCUCUUCAGUGUGCUCUGCGAGAUCAAGGAGAAAACAGGUCUGAGUAUUCGAGGGGCACAGGAAGAGGACCCUCCUGAUCCUCAGCUCAUGCGUCUGGACAAUAUGCUGCUGGCAGAGGGGGUGGCUGGCCCAGAGAAAGGUGGUGGAUCAGCUGCUGUGGCAGCAGCUGCAACGGCAUCGGGAAGCCCUACUGACAACUCCAUUGAACACUCAGACUACCGGGCCAAACUCUCACAGAUCAGACAAAUCUACCAUACAGAACUGGAGAAAUACGAACAGGCAUGUAACGAAUUCACAACCCAUGUGAUGAACCUGUUACGGGAGCAGUCACGUACACGGCCCAUCUCACCGAAAGAGAUUGAGCGUAUGGUCAGCAUCAUCCAUCGCAAGUUCAGUUCCAUCCAGAUGCAGCUCAAACAAAGCACCUGUGAAGCUGUCAUGAUCCUGAGGUCUCGCUUCCUUGAUGCCAGACGAAAAAGACGUAAUUUCAGCAAACAGGCAACAGAGAUCUUGAAUGAGUACUUCUACUCCCACCUCAGCAACCCCUACCCCAGUGAAGAAGCCAAAGAAGAACUGGCUAAAAAGUGCAGCAUUACAGUAUCCCAGGGGGUGGGAAGCACCAUCACAGUGGCACAGGUAUCUAACUGGUUUGGCAACAAGAGGAUCCGUUACAAGAAGAACAUCGGCAAGUUCCAAGAGGAGGCCAAUCUGUAUGCUGCCAAAACUGCUGUGAAUGCAGCACAUGCUGUGGCUGCUGCCGUGCAGAACAGUCAGACCAACUCCCCCACUACACCCAAUUCUGGAUUCCAGAUGAAAGAUGAAGAAUUUCAGCUGGAUUCUGCAGAGAACAAAAACACUCUUUUAACCAGCAUGUUUACUGGUUCGUCAAGUACUUUUAACCUCCCAAACUCGGGGAACAUGUUCAUGAGCAUGCAGAAUCCGAAUGGGGAUUCUUACCAAGGGGCACAAGUCGGAGCCAAUGUGCAGUCACAGGUGGAUACCCUGCGACAUGUUAUCAGUCAGACAGCAGGAUACAGUGAUGAUCUGGGGGGCAACUCCAUGUACAGUCCACAUAGCUUGGAUGCUAAUGGGGGAUGGCAAGAUGCUAUGACCCCAUCCUCUGCAAUCUCCCCUACUGAAGGUCCUGGUAGUGUGCACUCUGAUACCUCGAACUGAUCUCUGCAUUGACACACUGACCAAUCGGAGACUGAUCAGUCAGAGACAUCACAAACUACCAUCUUCACAAAUACAUUCAGCAGAACAUUUGAACAUUUUGAUGUCUCUUAGGAAUUGAAUUUUCUGGUCUCAGCAGACAAUGUCUCUUCAUUAUUUUACUAAUAUUUACUGUUACAUUCUCAGAUUUUUUUGUUAAUUACACAGUAUAUUUUGUAUUAUUUUCUGUGAAUGUGCAAAUAGAUAUGUUUCAUAUCUCAUUUACAUUCACAAGUACACAUUUAGACAUUUAGAACAUAAAACCUGAUAGCAAAUCUAACCCAUUUAAUUUAGAUAAUAUUUUUUGGAUGGCGGUUUUGGGAAUUUUAAAGAUGAUAUGCAUUUCAUUAUUUUCCCUUUUCUUUUUUAACCACACUAAAUUAGAAGAUGAACUUGAUGAUUUGGGGAAUAAAUUAAAAUUAUGGAAAUUUUGGGAGAAAAAAAUAUUCCAUCAGUGAAAUGAGUUUCACCUGCUAUCCGAUAUACCUUACAAUUUAGCCAGUAUGUAUAAGAACUCUAUUUUGGCAUGUCUCCAUUCAGAGACAUAAUGGAAAAACAUUCUUGUAUAUAAUAAAUCUUAAGAGUAUUUAUACAUUUCACAAAUCAAUACAUGGCUCCAUUAACUCAUACUGAUAGAAUUGAUAGAAUUCCAACAUUACUACAUUUCUCUAGCUUAGAGCUCGAUCACUGACUACCUCUCAAAAAUCUCAUCACCAUUUUAGUUGUUAUAGUUGUUCCAUAUUGUAAUUUUUUAUGUAAGGUUAUGUGGGUGCAUUUUGAAUACACCCCUCUCACGUAAUGUAAUGCAUAUUUUAUUCUUCAAAGAAAAUUAGUUGCUUUAUUGCGACUUACAAAAAAAUGACAAUAAUACCAUAGAGAGUGAGAGAAUUUUGGGGGAGGGUGUGGUUUAAGAACAUUGGAAUGGAAAUUUACACUGUUAAACUGCUGUAAGUAGUGAAAACAUUUUAAAUGUUACUCAUCCUAUUACUAAUUCACUAAAAUAAGAAAACAAACAAACAAACAAAUAAGAAAGAUAAAAAAUAUUGUAGUGCAUAAAUGGUCCAGUAUUCAAAACUGUGCAUUUCAGGCCCUGUUUGACAGGUCCCCAACUUCCUUUCUCUCUUUUUUUGCAUUGUAUGUGACUUCUGAAACUGAUUUAAAAAGAUCAUGAACAUUUAUUUGUGGCAGUGAUUCUAAUGUAUUACUGAUGUUUUUCAUUUCUUUCUAACCAGACUACACCUCGGACUGAACAGUCUUCCUUGUGGAAGUUAUGUGUAAUUCCAAACAUGAAUAAACAUCUUUUCCUUUCA